CCCAGUCAGUGGCUGCCGCCUCAUCCCAGCCUGCCUUCUCCCAGUCUGGCUGCCGCCUCAUCCCAGCCUGCCUUCUCCCAGUCAGUGGCUGCCUCCUCAUCCCAGCCUGCCUUCUCCCAGUCAGUGGCUGCCUCAUCAUCCCAGCCUGCCUUCUCCCAGUCAGUGGCUGCCGCCUCAUCCCAGCCUGCCUUCUCCCAGUCUGCUGCUGCCGCCUCAUCCCAGCCUGCCUUCUCCCAGUCAGCUAUAUCCACAGUCCAGAAUGCACCAGAUUCCCCCACUCAGCAGCCUGAGGAGCUUUUGGCUGUGGACGAGCAAAACAUUCCAGGAAUGGAUCGGGUGGACAGACUGGCUGAGUAUUUGGUAGAGCUGAGGACAAGCACAGGGUUAACACUCAGCAGACAGCAGAUAAACAAACAUGUCUUAACAUGGAAGAGACAGAAAAUAUUAUUCAAAACACAGCGUGACAGAACUAUGUAUGUUAAAUGACCAGUCUCCUUUUAACUCAUCUAUGCCUCUAUACUUGUGUUCUUCUUCAGGUUGAUGACAUUGUGUCCCUGUGGCAGAGCCUGCUUGAUUAUGACAAGCAGCGGGUGACGUUUGCUGCCAGGCACCAGGACAGGCUGACCACAGGGAGGUUCAGGUCUCCAAAAAAGAAGGCUGUUUUUACUCCUGGGGUGGACAGCCUGAAACGAUGUGUUUUGGGGUCUACAGGUUCACCUGCCCAAUGGCCAGACUGCUGUCGUCUUGUGGAGGCCAUUUUCAUCAGGCUCUGUCGUAUACAUCAAAGUCCGAGGAGGAAGGGAAAGGGUACGCUGAGUCGCUGGUCUCUCAUUUUACACGAUUACCGCAAGAUCCGGCAGUUGAUCCUCUCUAACGGUGCCAUCAUGCAGGACACUACUCUCCAGCUGGUGGAGGUCAGUCAGACCACUCUGGUCCAGUGGCAUAAUGGCAGGGUUAGAAAGCAAGAUCAGACCCUUCUGCUUCAGGGAAUUGACCUACCUGACGCCUUUGGUGUUGCUGCUGAGGCUCUCCCACCUGCCAGUGUCCGUGCUGUUGCUCUACCCCAGGUCCAGGGAGAACAACAUAUCUACAACCUGCCACAGAGCACAGCUGGGCAAGCUAAGCUAAAAAGGCGCACCUCAUGCAGUGCAACUGAGGCAGUAAGACCCAAGCAGACAACCCCGAGGCCAACAAUUCCUCGGCCUGUUGGCAACCUGCCACUAGUUCCUGUCGUCCUUCCCAGACCCAGCCCCAGCCCAACUGUCACCCUUGCCUCCCAAACUACCCCUACCAUGACAUUGAUUUUUGUCCCUCAAAACCCUCUUCCUACAACCCCAGCUACUUUGCAUUUAAAUCCCCAACCAAGUCACGUCCUCCCACCUCCUGCCACAGUCAGUCAGUCUCAACCCACUGUCCCUCGUCCGUACCACAGGAAGGUUGAGUCAAACACCUGCAGGAAGUGUGGGCAGUUUAGGACAGCAGCAACCGGGCACAGCCAAUACAGAGGGACUAUCUACUGCCCUGCCACAGAGACUCUUACAAAAGAACAGUGGCUUGAAAAAGUAAAGAAAAAAUAAUUAUUAUUUUACAUGUGUGUGUAUGUGUAUAUAUAUAUGUACACACACACACACACACACACACAUUAUAAUAUUCUUUACCAAUAUGUAAAUAGUUUUUUAAAGUUUCUAUUUUUUUUAAUCUC